AUGGAGGAUAGUGAAUUUGUGAAGACAACAUUAGAGAGGAAUAAUGAAGAGGAUAUCAUUAAGAGUAACGGGAACAAGGAGAAUGUGAAAGGCAGUGAUAUAGAUGGAUGGGUUUGUAAACUACGUGUACGGAGGUUAGAAUGUAAAGAGCGUAUUGAGACUAUUGAGGCUAGUAUACGCGAGAAAAAUGAUCUUUUGAGGAGUUUGGAGACUGCUGGAGAACAAGGUGAAGAGUCGUACUGUUUACUGUUGAGAAAAUAUGAGUGUGAAAUGCGUGAGUUGGAAUCACGUAUUAGAGAUUUGGAGUUGGAGAAGAGGAGACUUGUGAGUGAACAGAAGAAUGAAGAUUUGAAAGACUCUAAAAUUGAACGUGAAAGAGUGUUGAAGGGUAUGGAACAGGAGUUAAUGCAAGCACGACGUCAAUUGAGUGAAUUAUCUCGUUUAAAGAAAGCCAAAGAAGCUAGAGAAGCUGAAUGUUUACGAUUAAGAGGUGAAAUUCAAUCUCUGAAAGCGUCAAUGAUUCGAUCAGCUAGACAGUUGAAAGAAGAGAGUGCUGUUUAUCGUAAAUGGCGUAAAGAAAAGGAGAAUGAGGUGAAAAGACUUGAAGAAAAUGAUCGUCGUCUUCAGUAUGAAAUGUCUCGUAUGAUGUCAAUGCAUGAACGUGAGCAGGCUGUACUGAGACGUCGUGUUGAAGCUGCAGCAGCUGCUGAGCGUCGACUUAAGGAAUUAUUAUUACGUCAGAAAGAUUCGAAACAGGAACGUGAUAAACGUGUAUCACAGUCAAAUAAUACAAAAGGUAAGGUUGAUUUAGCUUCGCAUGUUCGAAAUUGGGUUAAAAUGGAUUUGGACAUGCAGGUGAGUAUGGGUGCGGCUAGAUAUCAUUUAAGCAAUCUUAUUGAAUCACGUAAAACGCUUUGUGAUCAAGUUCGUGUAAUAGAGUCGAAAAUUGAAGAUUGUCGAGAGCAAGGUGAAGCUUAUGAAGUGUAUAUUGAUGAAGUGAGGAGUUUGACUGAGACAAUCCAAUCGCAAACACAACAGAUAGGUGAUCUUCAACAGAAACUGAUGGAUGCAGGUGAACGAUGUUCGACGGAUGGGAGUUGUGCAGCGGAUGUAAGUGGUCAAAUGCUGUCGUCGCACCUGUCCCAACUGCACAGUAUUCAAGAGGCGCGUAUAGCUUUAAAGUAUUUAUUUAAACAGGCGACAUUGUCUAAAGUGUCGAAUAUAAAUUUGGAGGCUCAGCUACAAGAUUUGGACACGCAAUUGAUUGCACAAAGACAAGAAUUAGAAAAUUUGCGUCGAAACUAUUCGGUUGAAUUUUCGAAAUGUGAGGAGAAUUUGUGUGAUGUAAAAAGCGAACUGGAAGCUAAAAGUGAGUGUAUUGAACGAUUACAAGGUGAAAACAAUAGUUUACAAGCGGCUCUCCAACUUGUACUUGCCUCAAGUGUGAAUUCGUUUACGAAACUGGACCCUACACUACAGGCGUCUGUUAGGUGUAAUAAUGUGAAAGGAGAGGACUGUUGUGUUAAAGAUAUCGAAUGUUAUUCCCGAUUGACAAGUGAAUAUAUUGAACGACUGCAAAAGGAGAAUGCUGAACUACGUGAAGUUAUCAAAGUUGAACGUGAAAAUGCACUUGUGAUGAAGUCACCUGUGAGUGAUCCGUCAACUGAAUUACUACAAGGAAGGUUAUCUGGGACUCCAGUAGUACGUCAGAAUGAUGGUACUUUCGUUUUAUCAAGCGAAAAUGAUGAUAAGGAUGUGAAGUGUAUCCGUCUAUCAGAUAGUAGAUGUUCGAGUUUAGUGAACAAGCGUUUACAUGCAGAUUCUGAAGUGAUUGACAUUGAUGUACAUGUACGUGAUGUGAAGGUGCAGAAGAAAUCAGUGAGUGAAUGGAGUCUUCAGUUCACGAAUGAUGAUGGUAAUAUUUUUAUGAAGAUUUUCAUCUGUUUUGUUAUAUCUGGUUUUGUGUGUCAACAUUUGAAGGUUGAUGUGAUUUUGUGA